AUGGAAGGCAGGGGAGCCUCAGAGCUGGAGGUGAUGGAUGGUUUACUGCAGUCAAAGGCGGAGGCCGGUCCUCCUCCUCUCGCCGCAGCUUCCUCCCCGCCGCUGCUGCUGCUGCUGCUGUACACCGGCUCCCUCAUCACCGAUCAUGAGUCCGUGCGCGUCUCCGCAGCCGCUGCUCCACUCCUCGCCGCUUCUCUCCUCUUGACUGCCUCAUUUCGCCGCCGCAUCCGCCGGGGCGGGGCAGAUCCGCUCCCGGUGUCCGCCGAGCAGCGCGUGGAGGCCCGGCUGGAGCAGAUGGAGCAGCCCUUGCCGCUGCCCACCCUCAGCCCGGCCGUGCCCCCCUACGUCACCCUGGGGCUGACCGUGGUCUACACCGCCUUCUACUCGCUCCUCUUCCUCUUCAUCUACGUGCAGCUCUGGCUGGUGCUGCGCUACCGGCACAAGCGCCUGAGCUACCAGACGGUGUUCCUGUUCCUGUGCCUGCUGUGGUCCGCCCUGCGAACCCUCCUCUUCUCCUUCUACUUCAAGAACUUCGUCACGGCCAACACUCUGGGGCCCUUCCCCUUCUGGCUGCUCUACUGCUUCCCCGUGUGUCUGCAGUUCUUCACCCUCAGCCUCAUGAACCUCUACCUGGCCCAGGUUAUUUUCAAGGCCAAGUCCAAAUAUGCACCGGAACUGUUACGAUACAGGCUGCCGCUGUACCUGCUCUUCCUCUUCAUCAGCCUGCUCUUCUUGGUGGUCAACCUGGUGUGUGCGCUGCUGGUCAGGAUGUCGUCGGCAGAGACUCACACUGUGGUGCUGGUCCGCGUCGCCAUCAACGACACUCUGUUCGUGGUGUGUGCCGUCUCUCUGUCGCUGUGUCUGUACAAGAUGGCCAAGAUGUCGCUCGCCAACAUCUACCUGGAGUCCAAGGGGACGUCGGUGUGUCAGGUGACCGUGGUGGGGGCCACCGUCAUCCUGCUGUACGCCUCCCGAGCCUGCUACAACCUGGUGGUCCUGGCUCUGUCCAACAAGAGCAUCAACUCCUUCGACUACGACUGGUACAACGUGUCCGACCAGGCGGAUUUACAGUCCACGCUGGGCGACACUGGCUACGUGGUGUUCGGGGUGAUCUUGUUUGUGUGGGAGCUGCUGCCCACCUCGCUGGUGGUCUUCUUCUUCAGGGUCCGACAGCCCAACUUGGACAGGAGUGGUUCCGGUCUCCCGGGCCACGUCUUCUCCUCUCGAGCCUAUUUCUUCGACAACCCUCGACGGUACGACAGCGACGACGACCUGGCGUGGAGCGUCAUGCCCCAGAACAUCCAGGCCAGUUUAGUGGCUGACAGCUACGAGUGGGGCAGCCAGAGCAGCGCGGGCGGCUACAUGGGGGAGGACUGCUACCGCCUCCCCCCUCCUCCGGGGGAGCUCAGCCACUACUGACUGUCGUCCACACCUAUAUUUUUGCACUGAAAAAGCACACGAACCUCGACACCAGUAGAGAAGAGACUCUGUGUUUGGUUUGUAUAGUUUCUAUUAAAUUCUGCGGCCAUUUUGUACUACGUGCUGUUUUAAGUGUGGUAGUCACAUGGAUGAUAUAUUUAAUGAGCUCAUUAAACGUUUAAAUUAUGACCAUCACCAGGUGUUGUCCUUUUGUUUGACCAACACACACAACUUAUUUCUACAGAAAGUAUGAAAACAUCAUGUUCCAGCAUCACAUUUGAAUCGAAUGUCACUUGUUUCCAAA